AUGAUUGAGAAAGAGAUUGGUGAUAAUGAGGAUGAUGAACCUAAGAAGGAAGAAGAGAGUGAGGUUGAGGAAGUUGAUAAGGAGAAGGAGACCAAAUACAAGAAGAAGAAGAUUAAUGAGGUUUUCCAUGAGUGGUGGCUCAUUAACAAGCGGAAUAACAUCAAGCUUAUAGAAUGGUUUCGAUUGAGAAAGAAGAAGAGGAAGAAAAUAAGGAGAGAAGGAGAGGGGGAGAGAGAGAGAGGAUGA